AUGGAAACUAGCAUAGCGCGGUUGAUGAAUCUACAGCCUCCGGGGGCCUUCUGGAACCGUAUUGUCGAUACCUUGGCUGUAAAAGGUUUGGUGGAAUCGCCCAAAAUUCUCUCAAACUUGCACUCGGUGCUGUACGUGGCACUGUUUUACCAUCUGGUAUUCCUGGUGAGCAAAUGGAUACUGUUCCCGCCGCUAGUGCAGUGGCGUCUUGCGCAUAGCAAGGACCAUUCGCAUCGGGGCCGUCGUGGAUUGGUAAACCAGGCCGCGUUGCACUUUGUGAGUUUGGUACAGAGUGUGGUGAUUCUGUACGUGUGUGUCAAGUAUUGUCGCACCCAUGGACGUAACACGACACACCCAACGGCUCAGCUGCGUGUUUUCCACCACGAAGUGGAGACAGAUGUGAUUUGCGUGUUCGCGAUCGGGUAUUUCGUGUGGGAUGCUGUGAUCUCUGUUUUCUACUCGUCCCUGCCCUUUGUGCUACACGGAGCGGUGUCCGCGGUGAUGUUUUCGAUUGGUUUGAAACCGUACAUCCAGUUUUAUGCGCCAGCGUUUUUGAUGUUCGAGCUUUCGAACCCGUUUUUGAAUUUUCGGUGGUUUGGCAUUAAAUUCUCGCCCCAGCUUUCAGAAAACAACCAAUCGCUCACUACCCGUCUGUCGAACUUUUUGCAGCUAGCCAACAACGUGGUUUUGAUCGCGGUGUUCUGUGGCUCGCGCAUCGUGUGGGGAUGGUACCAAAUUUUCCGGUUGUGCAGUGAUUUCUGGCAGGUGCGUCACGACCCGCGGUUUCUGACGCUUGAAACGUUGACCAUUGUGUCAGGAAACCUGAUUUUGGACAUUUUGAAUCUCGUGUGGUUUUGCAAGAUGUUGAGCGUGGCCAAACGGAUCAUCAGCAAACGUGGCCGAGUUCAGGACAAGCCUGCUACGGAGGCCCAUUGA